AAAAAGGAGAGAUAUCUCUGACCCCCUUAAACGGUUAAACCCCAAAAUCGCUUUGUCGCCGAAAAUCCUCUGUGGAAAGAGAGAAGGAACGAUGGCAGCCAUGAAGCUUCUACUCUCGCAAGCUCGCCGCCAUGGCCUCACCAAACAAUUCUCUUCUUCAUUUCCACACUUUCCCAGACUCCUCUCUUCCUCGUCUUCUUCAUCCUCUGAUGCUAACCCUUCGUCGGAUCCAAACUCGAAUCCGCCGCGGAAUGAAUCCCUGAGAAAGCCCGUCACGAUCGAACCAGUAUCGUACGCCGCAAAACCCAAGGACCCCUCCGUCGCCGAAGAUGCUUCUCCGCCGGCCCCGCGGACCGAAUCGGCGCAUAAUCGUCAGUCGCAGUGGUCUCCGGAUUCGGCGGAGACUCGUACGAACUGGACGCGCGAGGAAAUUCGCUACGUGAAAGACGCUGCUUCGAUCUCGCCAGUGUCGUACCCUAAUCGAGUGGCUCCGCUUCCGGAGGAUCGAGUCGCGGCAGAGACGGAUGGGAACACGGAGGAGAUGAAUCAGGAGAGGGUGAGGAUUGAAGCGGAGAAUCGGACCAGGAGAAGGUAUUUCAGAGCUGCUCCGGCGGAGGAAGACACUGCUUCGCUUCCAUUGCCAACAUUGCUUAAGUCGGACCUGAAGCAGGGAAAGAGACCCGUUGUGGAUCUUAUGGAGGCCAUAAGAGAAAUAAAGGCCAAUGCCAAGGCGAAAUUCGACGAGACUCUAGAGGCGCAUGUGAGAUUGGGCAUUGAAAGAGGAAGAUCUGAGCUGAUAGUUCGUGGUACUUUGGCUCUACCUCAUUCUGUGAAGAAGGAGGUGAAAGUGGCCUUCUUUGCUGAAGGGUCUGAUGCAGAGGAUGCUAAGGCUGCUGGUGCUGAUAUCGUCGGUGGUCUUGACCUUAUCGAGGAAAUCUCAAAAAGCGGCAAGAUUAAUUUUGACAGAUGUUUUGCAACUCCUCAAAUGAUGCCUCGUGUUUAUAAGAUAUCAAGGAUUCUUAACAGUCAUGGUUUGAUGCCAAACCCCAAACAAGGUAGUGUGACCAAGGAUGUUGCAAAAGCUGUCAAAGACGCAAAGGCUGGUCACACCAAAUUUAGAAUGGACAAAACUUCUAUCUUGCAUGUGCCACUUGGAAAGUUGAGCUUUCCAGAGGAGGCUUUACGAGAAAAUGUUGGUGCGUUUAUGAACGCUCUUUUACAGGCAAAGCCUGCCGGAUUGAAAAAGACUUCAAAGUAUGCUGGUUAUGUGAAUGCAUUCCACUUAUGCAGUACGAUGGGUCGGGGUUAUCCCGUAUCAAUACAGUCGCUAUCCAGAGCAGCGGAUCUCUCUACCAAGUUGCAGCUCAAGUGAUCAACGCGUACUGUCAGUACACUCUCUCAAGUUCAAAUCUCAGUACUUGAUUUAUUUGGUUUUACAGGAAUAAACCCUUUGGUUCGACCGUAUUGAAACCGAACCGAACCAGCAUCUGAAGACUGAAACUAAUGUCUUAUUGCAACUGAUUCAAUUUUUGUUUUUGUUUUUUUGCCGAUUUGUUAACUCUUUAAAUCUUUUUUUUUUAAAUUUCUCGAAAGUGAUGGCGCAUGUGUUUUGUCUUAAUUUUAAACUCUCAGGUGAAAUAUUUUAAUGAAGGAUGACAAAAGAUGGAUGUUUUUCUGUUCC